UGUGGUGUCCAGUGCACGUCUGGCCACCAUGGGGGCCCUGGGGCCCUCCUGUCACCUUCUGCUCCUUCUAGCAGUGGGAGGAUUCAGUCCUGUCCAGGCCCAGAGCGAAUGCAACUGCUCUCCCGUGAGCCCAGGCAUUCUGGCUGGGAUUGUGCUGGGUGACUUGGUGCUGACGUUGCUCAUUGCCCUGGCUGUGUACUCUCUGGGCCGCCUGAUCCCUCGAGGCCGAGGAGCUGCGGAAGGGAUCCGGAAGCAGCGCAUUGCUGAGAUGGAGUCACCCUAUCAGGAGCUUCAGGGUCAGAGGCCAGAUGUCUACAGUGACCUCAACACACACAGGCAGUAUCACAGAUGAGCCCACGCUAUGCCGCUCUGCAGCCUGAUGCCUGGAUCCAGUCAUUCCUGGUGCCUACUCAACAUGCCCUCCCUGGGACACCGACCCACACAGGACCCCAGAGAUGUCUGACCUCUCCCCAUCCUGUCCCCAAAUAAAUGACAGAGCAGAAAACCA